AUGGCCGCCCCCCGCGCCCCCGUGCCGCGGGGCCUGCCCCCCGCGGCGGCGUGCAUCGUUGUCUUGAUGAGCCUGCCGAAGACGGGCGGCACGACGCUCGGUGGGCAUCGGGCUUUCCCCGCCUCCGCGGAGGUCAGGCCGCACGGCGUCGUGCGAGCCGGGUCCGCCGCGGAGUCGGCGCCGCCUGCCGUCCUCCUGGAGGAGGGCCGGCGGGUCGGCGCCGGGGCGAGCGAGUUCACAAUCUCCACGGCGCAGGACCUGGAAUUCACCAUCGUGGUGAAGGGCGACGCAUCCCCCGUGCUUACAGUGACUUCGGGAGCCUUCCCGGGCAGCUGGCAGACACUGAGAGCUGACAGCAAGCAGUUUGCAGACCGUACCUAUGUGCUAGGUAACGUCCCCGCCGACAUGAUCGGCGACAAGUACUUCAUGGGCCCGUGCCACUCCAAUGCUGUACGUCUCAAGUUGACGACAAGUGGUACAUCUGUGAUUGUGAUGGCCAGCUAUGGAAACAGCGCAGCCGCAAGGGCUGCGCUGAGUGUGACUCCGCCUGGUCCGAAGGUACAGGUCCCAGAUAUGACGACGACGAGCUUUUCUGCCCGUGGCUUCGAGCAUACUGCUAUCGUGAUGACUGCGGGCUGCGAGACACUGACUGCCAAUGUGCCAGAGGCCAACCGGACUUACAGCUCCGUCCUCAACAACGACCAGCCUGGAACCGGCCAUGCCCGGUCCAUGCUCGACUCGGAGCAGGCCUGGAGCGCCGCAAACAACAAGACGGCCGGCAGCUGGGUGCAGAUGGACCUCGGCGGCGUAUCGACGGUGAUCGGGGUGGUGACCCAGGGCAGGUCGGCCCAGCCGCAGUGGCCGACGAUGUACGGAGUGGCGACUUCGGUUGACGGCAAGUCCUGGGCGGGGCUUGCGAGCAAGUUCGCGGGGAACACAGACUCCGACUACAAGGUUCCGAGGCUUCUUCCGACCGGAAAGGAGGCGCGCUUUGUCCGCAUCAGCGUUGACGCGUGGAACGCGUGGCCGUCCCUCAGGGCUGGCGUACUGACAUGCAAGGCCACCACGACCACGACCACGACCACGACCACCACGACGACCACGACCACGACAUCUACCACGACCACCACCACGACCGCGGAGCCUACUCCAGCACCUACUCCCGCACCCAACACGACUGCGGAGAACGCCACCAACGCCAUCAACACGACCACGACCACGACAACGACGACCACCACGACGACCUCCACGAGCACGCUGAAGAAAAUGCAGUUCGAGCCCGACCCCGCGAAGCCCACGGCGGAGAACGACGAGUCCACGCUCGCGAGCCGCCUCAACAAGCCCAAGACAAAGCUGACUCGCACGCCGGCGCCUGGUCCUCGCGGCGCCAAGGACGGCUCGGCGAACGACACCGCGGCCGAGAGCAGCGCGGCCGCGAACGGCACCGCGGCGAACGACACCGCGAACGCUUCGGCGAAUGGCACCGCGGCCGCGCCCACGCCCGCGCCCACUGCCCAGGACGGCUCGGCGAACGACACCGCGGCCGAGAGCAGCGCGGCCGCGAACGGCACCGCGGCGAACGACACCGCGAACGCUUCGGCGAAUGGCACCGCGGCCGCGCCCACGCCCGCGCCCACUGCCCAGGACGGCUCGGCGAACGACACCGCGGCCGAGAGCAGCGCGGCCGCGAACGGCACCGCGGCGAGCGACACCGCGAACGCUUCGGCGAAUGGCACCGCGGCCGCGCCCACGCCCGCGCCCACUGCCCAGGACAGCGCCUCCUCCGCGAACGGCACCGCGGCCGCCGAGAACAGUUCGGCGGAGGGCGGCACGGCCGAGCCCACGGCCGCGCCCACGGUCGAGGACGGGCCAGCCGAGUAA